AUGGCCGUAGCCGAAGACAAGCGGAAGUCCGUGCUGAUCACAGGAUGCUCUCCCGGCGGCAUAGGAAACUCGCUUGCCCGCGAGUUUCAUCGGCAUGGCCUUCGCGUGUUCGCUACAGCCCGAGAGGCAGAGACGAUUGAAGACUUGGCAGCACUUGGAGUCGAGACCUUGAGCCUAGUCGUAGAUGACGAGGACAGCAUCCGACAAUGCUUUGCGGAUGUGAAAGCAAAGCUCGGAGAGAAGGGACUGGACUACCUUGUCAAUAAUGCGGGCCGAAACUAUACCGUGCCGGCAAUGGAGGUUGAGCUUCCCGAGGCACGCGCGACCUUUGAAACGAAUUUCUUUGCCGUGAUAGCCAUGUGCAAAACCUUCCUUCCGCUUCUUAUGGAGGCCAAGGGGACCAUUGUGCAGAUUGGGUCUAUCGCCGGGAUAAUCCCCUACGUAUUCGGGUCCGUGUACAACGCCUCCAAAGCGGCCCUGCACUCAUUCAGCGACUCCUUACGCGUGGAGCUUGCGCCGUUUGGUGUGAAUGUGACAACUGUGGUGACGGGGGGAGUGCAAUCUCGGAUCGCUCGUGUCCAACGCACAUUGGCACCCGGGUCGAUCUAUGCUCCGAUUGAGGACGAGUACGAUCGGCGCGUGACCCAUAGUCAGGAUGGCGCGAUGCCACACGCUUCAUACGCCCGGAGUGUUGUCAGGCAGGUUUUGUACGGAUCCGCACCAUGGCGUUGGAUUUGGCCAUGGGCGCAAGGGCGGAAACACUGGAUCUGGGAAGGUAACAAAAGCUGGGUGAUUUGGUUCCUGGUAGGAGGAUGGGCGUGGAAUGGCUUGUUUCAGAGUGUUAUGGUACGGAUGUUCCAACUUGACAGGCUGAGAAAUUCUGCUGGGUGAUGCCGUUCAUGUCUUGCUGCAUUGAUGCCCUCGGAGGUUACUAUUCCAUGACAUUUGCUGUAUCCAAUCUGGCGAACCACAAGUAGGAGUUCUAAAGCAACGGAGCACGAGUAGUACCGGCGCCGUUCCGUGAUAUUCCCGUGCUGCUGAAUCAUCCCGAGACGCACGCUGG